AUGGAGUGCACAAAAAGUGGAGAAGAUGAAGAGGGGGCGAAAAAGAACCAACGUGUGGUCUACCUGCAGCAGUGGAUGUGCGCCUUGUCUGAACGAAAAAAACGGAAAGAGCCAAUCAGGUGUAUUUACGGCAUAUACAAUACAACAGGUGGUGCGAAAAGUAGUGGACAGGACGCGGAAAAAUGUGUAAAUAAUUCCCUUCCGUGUCAAUCUAAGGGAAUAAUAUAUGAACGACUGUGUUUAGGAGUUCGUUACCUCGAAAUGGUGGUUCUGCGGGAGUGGAAAACGGAGAAAGGAAAGAAUGAUUUGCAUUUCGCAUGCGGAGAUGGAUGCAUAUACAGCGCUGGUGACUUCAUGGAAGAAGUGAAUGUUUUUCUUUUAAGCAAUAAAAAGGAAAAAGUGUUGCUCUCAUUUUUACUGCGCCCAGGGAUGGGUGACAAUAACGAUGACAAGGGCCACGACGAUGCAGAUCAUCAUGAUAGUGAUAAUGAUGGAGAUAACUAUCCGCAUGACCAACCGGACAACGAUAACGUUACGCAGCUGCUAGACAUCUACAUGUACCUGUACCUCCGCCGGGAGGUUAAGCACUCAGAAAGGGAUGAAAAUUAUCGAGUCCUCUACUUCCUUAACGAUAGAGAAAAAUUUUUGAAUUUAGAAAAGUACCAAUUCGAUAUUGAUCACUUCCAAAUUCGCAACUGGGUUUUCAAUAACAUGUCUUUGUUGCUCCCGUCGGGAAUCGUCCACGGGGGGGGAGAAGUAAGAAGCUCCGACGAAGGAGAAGUAAGAAUCCCCGAUGGAGGAGAAACUUUUCCGCUCGAAGGAAAGGCCAAUUUACACUCCCCUCAACAGCAGUGCACACUGUUCCCAGAGGAAGAAGAAAAAGAGAAGGCGGAGAACACACUCACGCCAUUCGUUAGAACCCCCCAAAGGGAAAGGUCCAGUUUGUUAAGCCUUCCUCAGGAGCAUCACAUGUCUUUGUUUAGAUUGAAUUCCAUGCAGAAUGAUCAAGUGCCAAUUCUGUCUUCCAAAAUUUGCAUAAAGAGGAAAUUUCCAAAUAUUCUUAUAACCAGACAAGAGGGUGAUUAUGAGGUGGCGGACUCAGAAGAGAAGGAUUCGAUCCAUGUCGAUGAGAUUGUCUACCGAAGAACCAACGCGAGGAGGUACUACAUCGAGUGGGAAGGGGACCACCACAAUGGUGGUACACUCCAUGAAGUUCAUACACAUGACGGCAAUUUAAGUUCGAGCGGAAAAUUCAUUGGCUCCAAUAACCUGCCCUUAACUGAGUACAUCAUUGAUGUACCCAGAUAUCAUAAACUACUGAACUCUCCUUUUACAUUUUUAAAUAAAAAGUUGGUAUACCUCUGCGAAGAGGGAGAGUGUCUCAAAGGAAAAUGUGCCCACGGAAUGGACACUAACAAUACUUACUAUGUGAUCAAAACGGUGCAAACGGUGCAGAGGUCCUUGACCCAUCUUCAAAGCCAAUUCAAUGCUGACAUGAGACCCUCCUGGAUAUGUAUCCUCGCACAGGAUUUCCGUGUACAAGAUAUUUUCGAUGUGAUUUGCGUGAAUUUUCGUACCCCCGCUGUGUUCGGGGGGUGA